CUGGUUUUAUCGUACCUUCUCGUUCUUGCGGUGGACCAGUAGCAACGCCUAUCAACUGCGCGAUGCGGAGGAACGCCUCCUAUCGUACAUGAAGCUACCCUCACAAGGCUUCUACGUGGACAUAGGUCAAAUCAAUGGGCAGUCUUGUCGCAUUUGGACCCGCCGUUUCGGGUCGACCCCGUCUGUCCCGUCUCCUCCAGGUCAACGUGAGCCUUUGCCGUUGGUCCUGAUUCAUGGCAUGGCCUCCGGGCUGGCCCUGUUCGCUUUGAACAUUGAAGCCUGGGCUCGUGAACGCCUGGUGUACGCCAUCGACUUGCCCGGAUUCGCCCGCAGUUCUCGUCCCGCUUUCAGCUCGGAUCCAGAAACGGCAGAAGGCCAAUUUGUCGUGGCCCUCGAAGAAUGGCGCCGACAAUUGAAAUUGGCAAAGAUUUGCUUGUUGGGGCACAGCUUUGGCGGGUAUUUGUCGUGCGCGUAUGCCCUUCAGCAUCCCGAGCACGUAGGGCAUUUGAUUGCCGCGGAUCCUUGGGGCUUUCCCGAGCGUCCCAAAGAUCUUGCACAACGUUACAACCUCCCGUGGUACGUCAAAGCUAUUUUCGGGGUAGCCAGACACUUCAAUCCAUUAGCAUCGUUGAGAGCGGUAGGCCCUUAUGGGCCUAAAGUGGUCAAGAGGAUGCGUCCCGACUUAAUUCGCAAAUUCCGACCUCUUUUCACCAGCGAUGAGGAAAAUAUGGAAGUUGUGCCCAAUUACAUCUACCAUUGCAACGUCCAGACUCCCAGUGGCGAGUCGGCAUUCCAUUCGCUGAUGUCGAGUUUUGCCUGGUCCAAAUUUCCCAUGUUUCCACGAUUAGCUCAACUCAGUCCGAGCGUCCCACUAACGGUGAUAUAUGGUGGUUUGAGUUGGGUCACGGCCAUCCCGGCUGAGGAUUUUGCAACUAUCAGGCCCGACCCGCAGGCUUACACCUCGGUGAAAAUUCUGAAGCAAUCUAGUCAUCACGUGUACGUGGACGAAAUGGAUCUCUUCAAUGAUUUGGUCAACAAAGCCUGCGUCGUCAGCCAAGAGAAAUUCAAGGCAACAUAAUAGGCCUGAAGUUUUGUCCAUCAUGAAACCAAUUACCGGCACUACUCACGCGUUUAAUUAUGUAUCCAAAUAUUUUAUGAAAAUAAAAACAGCACAAAAGCA